AUGCCGCGCGCCCACGCCGACGUGGUGGACGAGAUUGAGCAGAUGGCAUUGGGUAAGUACGGCGGCCUGCCGCACUGGGGUAAGAACCGCAACUUCGCCUUCGAUGGUGUCAUCGCAAGGUACCCAAAAGCCAAUAAGUUCCUUAAGGUAAAGAAUAUGUACUACCCCGACGGGCUCUUCUCCAGCGAGUGGACCGAUCAAGUGCUCGGCGUCAACGGGACCCCCAACAUCAUUAAGAAGCGUUGCGCCAUUGAAGGACUAUGUGUCUGCUCUGACGACUUGCACUGUGCGCCAGAGCAGGGGUACUUCUGCCGGCCAGGGAAGGUUUACACGAAUGCAAGAUUUUGCUCUUCCACCGAGGAAUAUUAG